GGAGCGAGAGGGGGAGGGCCGGGCCGCAGGGGGUCGAGGGGGUGGGGCUUGCGGGCGGCUGGGACCCGGCCCCGGCCUGGAUCUGGAGCCGGGAGGGCCGAGGCUCCCAGCCGGGACCGAUGGGCGGGGCCCAGGUUCACACAGAAAUCAGCCGCCUGGGCCGUGUCGGUGUUAAAGCCUGUUUCUUCUGAUCCCCAGCAGAACACAAGUGGACCAGUGGAUGAUUUUCUCUUGCCUCAGCAAGGGAUGCCACAGUCCCUGGAAUCUGUCAACCACUAGCCUCUGAGCUUUAAAAGCCAGCUGGAUGAAGGGAUGUAACGCGCACCUGGGAGGGACACUGAAGUCAGCCGUGGGGGGGGAGGGGCCCGGACACACCCCUUCCCCCCCAGACUCCUCCCCAUCACGGUCCACACGGCCAUGGACCUUGGACUUGGAUAAGUGGAGAGAAGCUGUACUUUGGUGGAUCUGAUUCUCAGUUUUGGAAAUGAAGUAUUAGGCAGGGGGGUGGGAGGGGGGGUUGCGCGUUGAUCUCCAGGGAAGCAACAGAGAGAAGAAAAGAAAGGUAAGUUUGUUACUGUCUCACUUAGCGCCUUGUUGCUGUGCAGGAAAUGUGAAUGGGAACGCAGCCAUGUCGGAAGUCAUGGCACCUCCUGUGUCCUGAUGAGAACAAACCCUUAUCCUGAUGGUGCACAGGAAGCGGCACCCUACUUCACUCUUUCAGGGGGUGGCAGAGUCGUUCUUUCCCGUUCCUUACUGAGGCUCCAGAGAAUAGCUGGUAAAGGAUUGUGAGGUUAGGUCAAGGAGAGCCUGCAAGGAAAUCAGGCUUCUGGAGGACUGUUGGAUUAGUUACCUUUAAAAGCCUUUCCUCCAGUGAGAUAAUAGGAUUUCAAAUCCGUCUGGACUAAGGCUGAAGUGGAUGACUCUGGCCGGUGCUGACUGCUCUGUUUUGGGAAUCUGUUAACAGAAUAAGACUUUCAAGGGAGGUGGAGAGGGGAGCUGGAGGAUAGGAAAUGGUUAGAUAACUUACUAAAUGAUCUCGCUUCCUUCCUCCCCAGUAAGAAAGCUUAGGUCACGAAAUCUCAUGGAAAGAACAAAAAAACAGAGCUUGAGUUUGGGGAACAGUAAAAUCCGUGGUCUAGCCCAGACGUUCCUGGUCAAUGUGCAACUUGAGAUAUGAUAAUUAUCUCUGUCCUGUUCUUUUCACACAAGAAGAUAUUUCAGUCAGGUUGCUACUAGGAACAAACGGAAUAAUUUUGCAUUUUGAAAGUACCCUGGGCCUUGUACAUAUAAAACGGCAACAUUGACUUUUCCUGGUUUCUUGUUUAUUGUAACACAUAGAAAAGCCCUGGAUGAAAGUUCGUUCUUGUAUUGACUGAACAUGUUGGCUGGAGCCAUAGCAGACAUAACUGAUGAAAGGAGACCGCCUGGCGAUUGUUUCAUCAUGCUAUAUAAAGGUGGACAGGUUUAGGGAAACAAAUUGAGGGAUCCUGUGAGCUUUGGAGAUAGACGUUUUAAGUAUUUCUUGGAGUGGGUGCUGGACCUUUUCUCCCCUGUCAUAUCCCAGUCUGCUGUCAGGCAGUGACAACUGCCUCCAAACUGAUAUCUCUUGGGCUUUUAUUUCUCUUUAGGUUGUUCAUAACCCAAGCAAGUUUGUCCUUAGUCAUCUAAGUACCCACCUGCUCCUUCCUUGAAUGUUUUUUUUUUUUCUUUUAAAGUUUACUUAUACUAAGGUGCCUGCUUUUCCUAGUGGUAAAGUCAACAGCGAAAGGCAAGGGACUGAGUAGGAAUUUGAGGCAGCGUGUGUUGGCCAAGGCUAGCUAGACUCGUUGAGCCUUCAAGUCAAUUACAGAGAGACGUCGAAGUCACCGAUGACAAUGACUGUUCUUCUUGUCAUAGGAGUCCCUGUCUUUUCUCAGUGGCCUGAAGGCUGGGCUGUCUGCCCUGAGUAGGUCUUCUGGCUCCGAGCUUUCUCUUGUCUGGACAGACCAGGCUUCUACGCAUGAAUCGUAGUUGGAUGUGUCACCCUCCCUUCUCCCUCAAUAAAUGCACAGUUGCCAAUCUUUGCUUAUGUAGGGGAAUCGUGAUUUCUUAUGGCAAUGCCUCCUUAGCCACCUGUAGGGUGUGAUAUGUUCUAGAAGACUUUCUUCAUCCUACUGAGGAGACCCUCCUGGCCCACCGAGGUGUGUUACAUUGAUUGUGAGUAUGCUAUCCAAAGUGUCAGGUCUGUUAUCUGCUUUCUGCCUUUAAGGAAGAGCAUGUUUUUCUACUUUGGGGAGGAGCCGUGGAAGCCCUGAGCUGGAAGAGCUCACCUAAGGGGUAUGGCAUAUGUUGAUAGCAUUUGUGCAGUUGAGGGCUGAGUUGACUUCACCAUCAGCCUGCCAGGGAGAGAGAAACUAGGUGCCCUGACAGCCUCUCUGGUAAGUCCUCUCCUCUUUAACUUGAGCUAGAGUCUCUCACCUGCCAGAGCCUGGUGACUCUUCUGUCAGACAUUUCUUUCAAACCUUCUCAUGAGGUCACCAGAGUGCUAGGGUACCACACUCAAGUAGGUCAGGCUGUUAGCCAGGACUGGUGAUAAAUUUAAUCACACAUUGUAUGGGGAUUUUUAACUGGAUUUAUUUAGACCUUACUUUAUUCUAAAAGGAAGCGCAGGUAGCUAAUGAAGGGUUUCAGAGGCAUUGCUCAGUGGUCUACUGUUAAUAAGUUUGAGUUCCUUUCCGUAUCACUGGUUUGGGACAGACAUGUUAGGAGGAAUGACAAAGGAUACUAAAAUGCUAGUUUAACACUUUGGUCUUGCUUCCUCUUAUGCCUUUAAGCCAAGAUCUCUUCAGACAUUCAGAGCAUGAAUCCUUUCCAAACUGUAAACACUUUCAGGUAUCUAAGUUGUAGUUUGUGAGGGGCGAUUUCCUGGAAGUUUUUACUUUUUGGUGGUGGAACAGUAGGCAGGCAAGUAUAUGACGUCUUAAUUCUCUGUUAUCCUGUGACUUGAUCUUCCUGUUUUUCCAUUUGCACAUAAUCUGAUCCCAGGCUCAUCCCCAGCGUCCAGACACCCAGCUCCCAUUUCUUACUUUCUUCCCCAGUGUAACCUCUGUAGAACCUGAGGUCUCAGUCCUGACAUGUUCUUGUUACUUAGACCAAAUGCUUUCUAUUACUCCUGUGUAAAAACUUACCCAAUCCCAAUUCUAUGCUGUACCCUUUUUGUCGGGGGGGGGGUAGCCUUUUUGCAUUUGGGGAUCAUCUUGUGAGCCUUGGAAUUUAAACAAAGGUCUGUAGAGAUAGAUGUGGUGGGGAGUUACUGUGUUCUGACCGGCUUCCUGUCUAACUGCUUUGGCAGGAAAAUCAAUCUGGCAUGGCCUGGCCUGGUUAGUCUUUACGAUCUUCAGCACCCACUAUGUAUGUGUUUAUUCAGGAUAGCGAUCUGUGCUCCUUAUGUUUUGGGUAUCUACAGACCAGUUUCCCAACUUUUCACACUGCCGGGGAACUUGGUCAUUUUUCUCACACUUUGGGCACUGAGUGUGAAGGUUGUAAGUCCCUUAAAGAGGCCUGAAGUACAUAAACAUGGGCUUGAGUUUCCUGUCACAGUCUGUGCAGUCAGCUAAACUGGAAGUGGUGGGCAUACACACGCCACACCCACACACCAAACCACACCCACACACCAAACCACACCCACACACCAAACCACACCCACACACCAAACCACACCCACACACCCGAGUGUGGUGUGUCCUCCUCACUGAGUGUCAGCCAGCCCUUUCCUCUACUUCAGGUAAAGGUUUCUCCACUGCCCCACUGUGUCCCUGUCACAUGGGCACAAAGCCAUCUCAGCAGUCCUUCUCAAGGACGUGGGUGCCAGGUUUGGAAGCUGGAAUGCCUACAUCUAAAAUCUGGCCAUGACUUGUGACAACUUACAUAUACAUAGACAUAUAUACAUAUACAGCUUACAUAGACGCAGAGCCUCAGACUCCUCUGAAGAACGGGUUGAUUCUGUGCUCUGCAGAGAUGCUGGGAGAGUGUAUAAAAAGGUCAAGAAAGCAGGCUUAGAAAGAAGGGCAACUCUACCUAGUGUCUCCUUACAAUUUUGUUUUACGUCCUCUUCUGCCCACAGAGCCCUUAAGACACUCCCUACUUUCUGCAUCAUUCCUGGUGUCUUGUAGGAACAAGUUAGUGAAUGAUCACUCUGUAAACACAUACCUACAGGUCCUCCUUACCUUGGGCUCUGGAACACCCGGUGAAGUCUGUGGGUAGGAGGGUCUGGCUGAGGUUGAGUGUAUCAAGUAAUCAACUGGCAGUACCCUCUGGGGAGUGGCCUGUGGUUUCCUGCUCCCCUCUUGGGUGAGAGAUCCAAGGGUGGUGGGAGCCAAGGCUUAGGCAAAGGCUCAGGCACAGCAGGGUGUGGGAGGGAGUGAGACUAUAGUAGAGGUGAGUGGAAGGUAUGGAUUCGAAGACUUUCGGAUUAAAAAAAAAGCAAAAAAAAAAACCAAAAACCAAAACAAAACAAAAAACCAAAAAACAAAACGGUCCAACCAGUGAGAUGUGGCUUGCUCUGAGUUGCUAAUUAUGCAGGGCUUAGAUCUCAAAAACAGUCUGUGCUCUGGGGCCACUGCUGACAUCCAAGUCAGGCCCAGAAGCUCUUGGUCUUCAUCUUUCCUUUCCCUCUCAGGCUGCUUGAAGCUGAUUGAGGUAUUCCUUGUUUAGAACUCUGUUCAGCCGGUUCCUGAUGAGUCUCCCUGUUCCUCCCAGUUCUCUCCAUGUUUCUUUUGCUUUGAAGUACAAAGGAAUACAGUUGCAGGGGUUACAUGGCACUCCCCUAUUCACUUUUAGGGUUACCACAAAAGCUUGUGAUUCUUUCCCUCCUUAGGACUGAGCUUCUACCCCCGCACACAGGCCUAACUUUGGUUUCCCCACCCAUAAUGGGGCACCCACCCCCACCCCCGCCCCACCCCACCCCAAGAAAAAGAAAAAAGAAAAAGAAAGAAAUGAAACGGCCAGCUGGCUCUUACCCACUUUGGGCAGCAGGUGUUUCCUCCCUAGCUUCCCUUUUGCAUCUCAUACUUGUUGCUUGCACACCCUCACCCCUCUCUUGCUGCCUUUUUCAAAUUAAUAGCCUGCAACUUCCCUUGCAUAUAGAGAAUGGUUCCCAGGUUCUUACUGGGAUUAGUGAACGCUCUUUUUGCUGAGGAAAUGCUUCUAACACCACCAAGUGCUGUACCCCUCAAAGUUGGUGAAGCUCUAGAUUCACUGGGCUGUACAAGGGACACUUGGGAAAAAUCUGAACAGGACAAGCCUGAGGGUGUGAGUGGGGUUGGCUCAUCUACACAGGAGCUGCGACUGAGAGGGAAAGGGCCCCCAAACAUCUUUGCUACCACUGCCUUCUUAAGUUUGGGGACUUGGGAAAUCCCGUUGUUUAGAUCUUGACCGGUGAUCAGGAAGUCAGCAGUAGAGGAAGGCCCCGGAAGGAGGGGCCAGCGCGGACUCGCCCGCGGCAGGGCGGGGACCAACAGAGGGGCCUCGGGGCUAGGGGAGCGCCGCCCCGCCCUCCCGGGGAAGGACCACAUUGCUUGCUAGCAGGAAGGCCAGCCAGACCGGAGGAGGCCGCUCCAGCGUUGGGUGUUGCCGGUCCGGGGCUAGCCUGGAUCCGGGCAGGUUAAUGCUACAAAUGGUCCUUCAUGCAAUCUCUCAUCACACUGUGCACAUGGACCAAGCCCCAGAGCAGGCGUAGAGGACACAGAGCCGCUUUUCUUAAAGAGUGAGGUACAUGGCUACUUCCCACUCUCAGCCUAGAAGAAUAAACCCUUAGAUUGCGGGGGAACUGAGCCAGGCAAGCCACAGGCAGCCUUGAGCGCCCCCUUGCCUGCCCUCCCCUGCGGGGGCCAGGAUGCUGAAGAAGCAGUCUGCAGGGCUUGUGCUUUGGGGUGCUAUCAUCUUUGUGGGCUGGAAUGCCCUGCUGCUCCUCUUCUUCUGGACACGCCCAGCACCUGGCAGGCUGCCCUCAGACAGUGCCCUUGGUGAUGACCCUGCCAGCCUCACCCGUGAGGUCAUCCACCUGGCCGAGGACGCCGAGGCGGAGUUGGAGCGGCAGCGGGGACUACUGCAGCAGAUCAAGGAGCAUUAUUCUCUGUGGAGGCAGAGGUGGAGAGUUCCCACCGUGGCCCCUCCAGCCUGGCCCCGUGUGCCUGGGACCCCCUCACCAGCUGUGAUCCCCAUUCUGGUCAUUGCCUGUGACCGCAGCACUGUCCGGCGCUGCCUGGAUAAGUUGUUGCACUAUCGGCCCUCUGCUGAGCAUUUCCCCAUUAUUGUCAGUCAAGACUGUGGGCAUGAAGAGACAGCACAGGUCAUUGCUUCUUAUGGCACCGCUGUCACACACAUCCGGCAGCCAGACCUGAGUAACAUUGCCGUGCAGCCAGACCACCGUAAGUUCCAGGGUUACUACAAGAUUGCCAGGCACUACCGCUGGGCGCUAGGCCAGAUCUUCAACAAGUUCAAGUUCCCGGCUGCUGUGGUAGUGGAGGAUGAUCUGGAAGUGGCGCCGGACUUCUUCGAGUACUUCCAGGCCACCUACCCGCUGCUGAAAGCAGACCCCUCCCUUUGGUGUGUGUCGGCUUGGAAUGAUAAUGGUAAGGAGCAGAUGGUGGACUCCAGCAAACCUGAGCUGCUCUAUCGAACAGACUUUUUUCCUGGCCUUGGAUGGCUGCUGUUGGCUGAUCUCUGGGCAGAACUAGAGCCCAAGUGGCCCAAGGCCUUCUGGGACGACUGGAUGCGCAGACCUGAGCAGCGGAAGGGGCGGGCUUGUAUUCGUCCAGAAAUUUCAAGAACUAUGACAUUUGGUCGCAAGGGUGUGAGCCAUGGGCAGUUCUUUGACCAGCAUCUUAAAUUCAUCAAGCUGAACCAGCAGUUCGUGCCCUUCACCCAGUUGGACCUGUCGUACCUGCAGCGGGAGGCCUAUGACCGGGACUUCCUUGCCCAGGUCUAUGGUGCCCCCCAGCUGCAGGUGGAGAAAGUGAGGACCAAUGAUCGGAAGGAACUGGGGGAGGUGCGGGUACAGUACACUAGCAGAGACAGCUUUAAGGCCUUUGCUAAGGCCCUGGGUGUCAUGGACGACCUCAAGUCUGGUGUCCCCAGAGCUGGCUACCGUGGCAUUGUCACUUUCCAGUUCCGGGGUCGGCGUGUCCACCUGGCACCCCCAGAGACAUGGAAUGGCUAUGAUCCUAGCUGGAAUUAGUGGCACCUGCCUUUCCCUCCUGGGUCUCCUUGCCGUAUGAUGAGCCGAGGCAGCCUGCAGGCCCUGGGCUAUACCAUUCUGCCAGUGUUUCCUCUUGGAUCUAUAGAUCUUCCCUUUUUGUCCUGGCCUUCCCCCAAGUGGCAUUCUAGUGCACAAAUCAUAAGAUGAGGGUUAUACUCCUCUUGUCAAGGGAGUACUGUGUGGUAUGUUCGGGGCAUAUUGAACAAGAAACCACUGUGUGGUGUGGGGAGGGUUGGACCUGUUGGACCAGGCUUGUAGUGUCCUGAGUUCUCUCCAAGGGCAUCUGCGGAGAGCUUGGCCACUCCAGCUCUCCUGACCAGGCCUCUCCACCCUGAUCUGGCUCCUGUUAGUACAUGAGCCCACUUUAUGUACCUUCCCCACUUUCUCCACCUUCCCCAGGGUGGGGCCGGAUUAUGGAAGAAGGAAUAGAUUUGUGGCCAACUGAGACUAACCAAAGGGAUUCACUGUCAGAGUUAGAUUGCAUGGCCGGGUUGCCGGGGUCACUGCCUCCUGGCUUCUCUUCCUGCCGACUUUGCCAGUGCUCUUCUUGUCCUGCAGUGGAGCAGUGUGUUGUGAGAUGGAAAGUAGGAGCUAAAGCAAGACCUCUCCCGUGGUGGAGCAGUUGUCAGGAACAAUGACAGGCGGAAAGCCUACACUUGGGCACCCCUCUUCUUGCCCAUGGCCCCCCACUUCUGAAAGUUAGUUCCCUUUGCAUUCUUUAGGGGGAUUCAGUGGCAGCCUAGUGGGGGACAGUGGGCUCCACGCCUCUUUCCCCUGGGGUUGGUACAGCCUCCUCCCACAGGGCUUGUUCCUGGUGGCCAUCUCAGCAAAGUCACCAGCAGCUGAGACCAGGACACCUGUGGCCCUUCCUAAGCAUUCCCACAUCUUCCCAGGCCGAGGGGCAGGUGGCAGGCUAGAGAGAAAGAAAUUUGUGUGUUUUGUUUGUUGCCUGAUCUUAGUUUCAUGGAAGAAAAUGGAAUCUACAGAAUUAUUUUCAAAAAUAAAGUAAAGGCUGAAUUGUCUGAAAA